AUGCAGCUGUGGGGUCCGAGUUUCGAAGCUUUCUACACCCGGCCAUGGCACAUUUUUCAAGUCGACAACAACACUGACAUCGGCGAUCAAGAAUGGGCCUCGGCGAUGGUGACUCCCGAUUUUGCAAACCUCAUCCGUGUUGACAUUCUCGUCCCCAUCCUCUGCUACAGUUUAUUCUGGUACACGGUGAACGUGUUAGUGACGGCAAAUUGUUGGUCUUCGUUUCAAGAGGGACAAAAGCGAAAGCGUCUCAUCAACGUCACAACAUCACUCAUUCACUCCUCCGUCUCUGGUUUCUACUUUUUGAUCUUCUUCAUUCGUUUCCCUGGGUUGAUGUUCGCUGCACCAAUGAACUAUUAUGGCUAUUUGGACACGCAGAUUUUGAUGGUCACAUUCGGAUAUUUCAUCUAUGAUGCCUACGAUUUAGUGGUCAACGAUAAAUUUUCGAUCCAAACGGGAGUACUUCUGUUCCACCAUGUCGGUGCUGCAAUUGUCAUCUCGAUCGUGUUCGCAUCACACAAAUUCGUACUUUUCGCUUACUGGGCUCUUCUUAUGGAGGUCUCUUCCGUUUUUCUCCAUCUUCGAUCGAUCUUCCACUUCAGCAAGAUGAGCUCUAAUUCGCGCUACUCAGAGGUGACCAGGCUGAUACUUUGGGGAAAUCUCAUCUCAUUCAUCGUUUUCCGCUUCUUGAAUCAAAUCUGGAUGGUCACCUGGGGAAUCGUGAACAGAAAUAACAUGCACCUGUUCUAUCUUGUGAUGUGCAUGGUAGCUCAAGCGGCCUUCUUCCUUAUCAACUUGAGUCUUUUCCUCAGAAUAUUGUACUCGGACGGAUUCAUGGGCUCAACCAAGGUCAGCAGAAGACAACUUGAUGCUCUUUUGGAAGACAACGAGUACACGGCUUUGGAUCAAAAUGGUGACCGAGAAGACGAUGAUAUCGUCGAGGAACUCAAAAAGGAACCCGAGAUUGCC